AAACCUCACCUGGAAGUGAAACUCCAUCUGGGUCGCAGAGACAGAAAACCUCACAUGUUGCAGUGCUGCUACAUGUGUGCCAUAACAAACCUCUUUUCAGAAACGUCUGUUAUGUUCCUUCAUUAACAGUAGACGAAAUUAUUUUGCUUGGACAUAGCUGCACGACCUUACUGAUCAUACAGUUUGCGAGCCACGCUGCCCAGGACAUCCAAACAUGGGCUUUGAAGUUGAGAUAGUCGCUGGAAGUUAUGAGCAGAUUUCAUUUGGCUAUCGUGUCUGCCGAAAUGGAGAGGACUGGACAGCAACGGCCGACUUUACUCAUCACGCACACACAGCCUGCUUGUCAGCUGUGGCAUCCACCAACAGGUAUAUCGCCACAGGCAGUAAAGACGAGACCAUCCAGCUAUAUGACAUGAAGAAGAAGAUUGACCAGGGGGCCUUACUGCACCACGACGGUACGAUCUCAUGCCUGGAGUUCUAUGGCACAUCCCACUUACUCAGCGGGGGAGAGGACGGACUGAUGUGUGUGUGGAGGACAAAGAAGUGGGAGUGUCUGAAAACCAUCAGAGCACACAAGGGCCAACUAUCAUCACUCUCUGUCCACCCAUCUGGAAAACUGGCUCUGUCAGUCGGUACAGACAGAACACUCAGAACAUGGAAUCUAACCGAUGGAAGAUCAGCAUUUAUCAAAACCCUCAAACAAAGUGCUGAUCUAGUUAAGUGGUCACUCGAGGGAGAUACAUAUGUGGUGGUGACCAACAAUAUCAUAGAUGUUUACAACCUGGAGACCGCCACAGUGACUGCAACCAUCACCAACCCAAAAAGAAUAUCAUCUGUCAAAUUUCUACAGAAUACCUGUCUGGCUGUAGCUGGCGACGAUGAGUCGGUUCGGCUCUAUGACCUCACCACAGAGAGGUGUAUGUGUGAGUUCAAAGCCCACGAAAACAGGAUAAAAGCUGUGGAUAGUUUCAUGGUGGAUGACUUCUGUGUUGUUGUGACGGCGUCAAAUGAUGGAUUAAUCAAAUUGUGGAAACUGCAUCUUGACGAGGACCCCAAGCCUCCCGCACUUCUGCUGGAGGUGAACACCACCGCAAGGCUCACCUGUCUGACCGUGUUCAAGCCAACUGCAGAGGACAAACCCACGGAGGAACAGCCAACCUCUUCCACAGCCACAGAAGAUCUGCCGUUACCCUCCAAGAAUAAGAGAGUCAGGAUUGCUACAGAGGAGGUGAUUCUUGAAGGAGACUGUAAGCCCAAAAAAACAAAGAGGGGUGGAAAGAAGAGAAAGAGCCAAUAAACUCUUGUUUUAAACAAGGCUAUGAAGAAGUGUGUCCUCUGUUGUCAAGUGCCCAAGUGUGCUCUCUCCUGCCCCAAGAUAUUCUCAAUGAUCACUGCACUGUGAAGUUGGAGGCAACAUUAUGAUAUAUUCUUAAAGAAACAAAGAAAGCAUCAGUCUUUUAAAAAAAAAAUUGUAACAAUGAGCAAUAUUUAAGUACCCGUGUCAUGUUUUGAGAAAAAAUGAGUUCUACUAGUAAUGCUCAAUCUCCCAACAGUCCCUAUAGUCCAUUAAAAAAAGUGCUUUUGAAA